GCCAUGGCACUCUAGGCCGGGCAACAGAGUGAGACUCUGUCUCAAAAAAAAAAAAAAGAAUUUUACCUUCAUUUAUAAUGAGUGUUUAGUUUUCCAUUGUGUGAAUGCCUGAGAAUUUAUUUAACAUUGUUGAAGGGUAUUUAGGUUCUUUUCAGAUUUUUUUUGUCCCAUUAUAAACACUUUCUAUCCACACAUCAUUUCAGUCUUUAUAAAUCAUACGAUUGAGUAUCCGUUUCCCCAAAACCUUAGUAAAUAUGAGAUAUCAUAAAUUUUUCAAAUCUGCAAAUCCAUUUCCCUUAAUAUGCAUCUCCUUAGUUACUAGUGGGUCUAAUGAGUUGAUGGGUUAUUUCUACUUUCUAAAGAAUUAUUCAUGCUCAGGUUUCACAAAUUCACUCUUCUCAACUGGAAAGGUGCAAAUGAAGGGAGGAAGAUCUGCUCAGGAUAUGUCUGUACAACCCACUCGCAGGUCCAGACCAACCUGCCUGGGGUAGGGGAUGGUACUAACUGGACGCUCCUGCUGAAAUGUCUGGGCAUGAGCCUGGACACAGGAAAGUCUCUGCUUUGUGUCUAUUCCUUGUACAGCUGAUUUCUCUGUGGUUUUGGGGAAGGACAUAUACUUGUGUAAACUACCUCUUACCUAUCAUAACUUGUCUGUGUGUCAGGGAGGGGGGUUGCAUAUAGGAAUGGAGAAGGAGUAUAGGUUUUUAAAACUUGGAAGCUCUGAGGCAAUUCUGUUCUCAUGGCUUUCCAUUCUUCCUCCAGCUCUGGCUUCUGUCAACCCUGCUUCUCCAGUAAAUGAACCUUGAGGAAAACUGAUCAGUUCUUGAAAUCCUGAAAUCAUGGCUCAUGAUUUGGUGAUGUUCAGAGAUGUGGCUGUAGAUUUUUCUCAGGAAGAGUGGGAAUGCCUGAACUCGUAUCAGAGGAAUUUGUACAGAGAUGUGAUAUUAGAGAACUAUAGCAACUUGGUGUCAUUGGGCUGUUCCAUUUCUAAGCCAGAUGUGAUUACUCUAUUGGAACAAGGGAAAGAGCCCUGGAUGGUUGUGAGGGAUGAGCAAAGAAGAUGGAGCCUAGAUUUGGAAUCCAAGAAUGACACUAAAAAGUUAUUUAAAGAAAAGGAUAUUUAUGAAAUGAAUUUAUCUCAGUGGGAGAUAAUGGAAAGAAUGAAAAGCGGUGGACUUGAAGACUCCCUUUUCAGAAAAGAUUGUGAGUGCAAAAAUUUUGAGGGACAAGAAGGUCCUCAUGAAGUGUAUUUCAGACCAGUGGCAAAAAUCACCUCUGAAAAAAUGCCCAUUUACAGAAAACUCACAUCUCUUACUCUGUAUCAGAAAAGUCAUAAUAGAGAGAAACCCUAUGAAUGUGGAGAAUGUGGAAAGGCUUUUAGAGUACGCCAACAACUUACUUUCCAUCAAAGAAUUCAUACUGGUGAGAGACCUUAUGAAUGUAAAGAAUGUGGAAAAGCCUUUAGACAGUGUGCCCACCUUAGUCGACAUCAGAGAAUUCAUACUUCUGACAAACUCUAUGACUGUAAAAAAUGUGGAAAGAUCUUUACAUGUGGUUCAGACCUUCGAGUACAUCAGAGAAUUCACAUUGGUGAGAAGCCGUAUGAAUGUAAGGAGUGUGGCAAGGCCUUUAGAGUGCGAGGACAACUUAAUCUCCAUCACAGGAUUCACACUGGUGAGAAACCCUACGAAUGUAAGGAAUGUGGGAAGGCCUUCAGACAGUAUGCCCACCUUACUCGACAUCAGAGACUGAACAUUGCUGAGAAGUGCUAUGAGUGUAAGGAAUGUGGUCAGACUUUUCUGUGUAGUACAGGCCUUCGAAUACAUCACAAACUUCAUACUGGUGAAAAACCCUACGAGUGUAAGGAGUGUGGCAAGGCCUUUAGAGUGCGGCAGCAACUUACUCUCCAUCAGAGAAUUCACACUGGUGAGAAGCCCUAUGACUGUAAGGAAUGUGGGAAGACCUUUAGUCGUGGUUAUCAUCUAACUCUCCAUCAGAGAAUUCAUACAGGUGAGAAACCUUAUGAAUGUAAGGAGUGUCAGAAGUUCUUUCGUCGUUACUCAGAACUUAUUUCACAUCAGGGUAUUCAUAUUGGAGAGAAACCUUACGAAUGUAAGGAAUGUGGGAAGGCCUUUAGACUGUUCUCACAACUGACUCAACAUCAGAGUAUUCAUUUUGGUGAGAAACCCUACAAAUGUAAGGAAUGUGAGAAGACUUUUAGAUUGCUCUCUCAGCUUACUCAACAUCAGAGUAUUCACACUGGUGAAAAACCCUAUGACUGUAAAGAAUGUGGAAAGGCAUUUCGACUUCAUUCAUCGCUUAUUCAACAUCAGAGAAUUCAUUCUGGUGAGAAACCAUACAAGUGUAAGGAAUGUAACAAGGCAUUUAGACAACAUUCACACCUUACUUACCAUCAGCGAAUUCAUAAUGUAACUGAAUAAUUACAAGUACUCUUCCAUCAUGAAUUUCGUGUUAAGGAGCAGUAGAAAAUAAAUUCUACAGGAAAUUUUUUGAAUUUAGGAAUUCCUUUUUCUUCAUGCUCACAACUAACUUAGCAUAAUAAGUUUUAUUUAAAGGAAAAUAUAUUAAUUUAAUGAACAUGUAGUAGCCUUUCAUCACCAUUCAAACCGUGUUAAACUUUAGUAAAUUCUUUCUGGAAAGGAACUUUAUUAAAGGAGUGAAUGUGGAAAAGCUUUUGAUCUUAGCUGUUAUCAUCUCUAUAUUCUUCCAUCUGUGUAUUAAUGUAUGGAGGUUGCCAGGACAUGAACCCAUUCUGAAAAUUGAUAAAUAAAAGGAAAGAAAAGUCAUUUAGCCUGCAUUUCCUGUAUGUACUGUAUUUCAGGACAACCAGAAGUUGAGGUAAAGUUCUUUAUUAGAGAAUUCCAGCUAAACAAUGUAGAAAGAAUUAUAGCAAUAGAAAAUUGCAUUAGAAAACUAUUUUAUAACAUAUAAUGAAAUAAUGGAUCUAGGCAUGAUUUUCAGUAGAGGUUAAAACCAUUAGGUGAAAGGUUAACAUGAACUUUACAGUGAAUAGAUGAGUCUGACAACAUCUGAACCCACUGAUCAGUCUUAAUCUUACAAAUAGUAGGAUAGUAAAACAUUAUGUGCCUCCUAAUAUGAUACUAUAAGAUAUACACAUCUUGCCAAAAAGAUUGAACCUGAAUUUAAUCAUCAAGAUCUAACUCCCAGUUUAGAGAAAGUUCAAGGACAAAUUACAUGACAUAACAAGAAACAAUUAAAUCUAAAAUGUGGGUAAUUCUACAGGAGGAAUGACAUUAUUUCUCAACCAAUAAGAUGGCAUUUAAAAUAAGGAGGUGGAACUCUUAGACACUGAAAGAGACUUAAGAGACAUCAAUCAAAUGCAAUGAAAGAGUGGUUUUUAUUUAGAUCCUGAGUUGAACAAACACGUAAAGGAAAGACAUUUUUACAACAAUUGGAAAAAUGGGAAUAAUGACAGUGUUAGAUAAUAUUAAGAGACUUGGUCAGGAGUGAUAAUAGCGUUGUGUUUAUGUAACAGUCUAUUUGUUAACAGAUAAAUUCUGAAGUUUAUACGCAUUAGAUGAUACAAUGUCUGGAAUCUCCUUUUGCUUAUGCAAAAGAAAAGUGAGGAUGGAUAACUUAAGUUUGGCAAAAUGAUGGUAAGACAAGUCUUGGAUAUAUGGCUUUUAUUUGUUUUUGCUGUUCUCUCUACUUCUGUGUAUUUGAAA